AUAAAGAUGGCGAUCGCUCCGAUAAAUUACAUUAGAAUUUUUUUUUUCUAGUGAGAAAUUUAACACCUACACUCGGAGGUUUUAAAUGGUGUGGGUAUUAAAGGUAGCCGUUUUUUUCCUUCGAAGAGAGUUGAUUUAUAAGAUGCAAUAGGAAAGGCGAGGCUCUCUUUUAAAUAAUUGGUUAGGUUGAACAUAUAUCUUAUAGAAUCAACAGUUUUAUCAGUUGUGUGUUAUAUUUACAGUAUCUUAUUUAGUUUGCCAUAACACACCCCGUUGAGUUAAUGUCAACAAUUAGUUUUGUUUUGAGCUUCGACUUCGUCGGGACGUCUCCCUCUCUCCUCCCACUUGUGGUACUGUGAGACGACAGCAGUCUGGUGGAAGCAGUAAAUACUGUGGUCUAGACAUUCCGUGAGCGUCGCAAUUUCAAAGACUACUUGAAAACUUGUGGAAUAACAGUCGACUGACUUUGUCUUCGGUGUUGAGUACGAACACUCCUUUGCCUUUUGUAGACUGAUUUGUGAGACAAUACAUUAAUGCCCAAGUCAAUUUCUUGAAUGUCGACAAGGGAUACCUACCUGUAAGUACUGUGGACAGAUUUUCGUAAUUUUUAUCAAGUAGAGAGUCGAACAACUUAGUUUGUUGUGUAGUGCUAACUAGUGUAAGAUCUACAUGCAUUUGUUUCGAUGAUGUCAUCAACCGGUAAUGAUUAUUACGGUCACUUAACUUCUACUCCAGUUAUGUACCCGACAAAUAUAAAUUUCGGAACUUAUCCCGAGAAAAUUAGAUAUAGACAGAUUAGUAGUUACGAAGUAACUAACAAUAGAAGCUUGGAGAAUAGAGUACAGAGUGACAAAACGGCUCAGAAACCACCCUUCUCCUACAUAGCUCUGAUAGCCAUGGCUAUCAGGCACGCACCCGAUCAUAAAAUCACACUGAACGGCAUUUAUAAAUUUAUCAUGGAUCGCUUUCCAUAUUAUCACGAUAAUAAGCAGGGGUGGCAGAAUUCUAUACGUCACAAUUUAAGUCUGAAUGACUGUUUUCUGAAAGUACCUAGGGAGAAAGGAAAACCAGGUAAAGGUAACUACUGGACUUUGGAUCCGAAUUCUGAAGAAAUGUUCGAAAAUGGUAAUUUUAGGAGGAGGAAGAAGCGCAUUAAAGGUACUACUUGUAAACUUCAUAGAAACAAUAAUGACGACAUUAGCAACGAGAAAAAUUCGGAAAGAUCGGAUUCGAAUCGGCAGAAUUCGUGCCAUACUAAAGGUACCUCUUUCACCAUCGAAAGACUGAUAGGUAGUGAUAAAGAUCGUGACGAGAAGGCCAAGCAUCCGGUCGACUUGCCUCCACUACAGAACGUUCAACCCGCUCGAGGUUUGUUGGGAUUCGAACUAGUUCCCUACCAUCUCAGAAUACCUCCGGGCAAAUUUCAGUAUUACAGUUGGCCCACCUGGAAUUUAACAUCUGCACCUGUUUGGUAUACAAGUUCCACUUCCGAACUUUUACAUAGGUGAUUUUUACAAAGUAGCAAACAGGUUUCGAGACUCGAUUCUUUUAAAGUAAAUAUCAUCUUGUGUUUAUUCUUUCAGUCAACUGUCCAUAAUUCACAAAGUGACGUUUUAUAACGCUGUAAAUACGGUUUUUUCAAUAGUUACUUGUACUUUGGUAGUGUUUUGUAUUGUACGUGAAUGUGAUAAAUAAAUAUUAGGAUUCUGUAACCUU